CCCCACUUUCCAACCCGCCCCCCCAACCCGGGCCAGCCCGGAGCAGCCCCCCUUCCCCAGAGAACUGCGCACCGGGCGGCGCUCGGACCCCUCGGCAGCCAGCAGGUGCCACGCUCCCGCCCAGCCUGGCUCUGCGCCCCGCUCUCUCCACGUUUCUGGGAGUUCCCGUUAUCCCUGCUCCCCGGGCGGGCGGCAGCACCAGUCCCAGCUUCUUGGGAGACAAGAAGGGAGAAGCCAGAUCUAGCUAAGGCAUCAUACCUCUUCUGAGCGAGGAUGGAUGUUUCUGUCGGGAUUAUGUAACUGGAGGAUCCAGGUCUGAGCAGACAACCAUGGGAGCCAAUACGUCAAGCAAACCCCCGGUUUUUGAUGAAAAUGAGGAUGUCAACUUUGACCACUUUGAAAUUCUGCGAGCCAUUGGGAAAGGCAGUUUUGGGAAGGUCUGCAUCGUUCAGAAGAACGAUACCAAGAAGAUGUAUGCAAUGAAAUACAUGAACAAACAGAAGUGUGUCGAGCGCAAUGAAGUGAGAAAUGUCUUCAAGGAACUGCAGAUCAUGCAGGGUCUGGAGCACCCUUUCCUGGUUAAUUUGUGGUACUCCUUCCAAGACGAGGAAGACAUGUUCAUGGUGGUGGACCUCCUGCUGGGCGGGGACCUACGGUAUCACCUACAGCAGAACGUCCAUUUCCAGGAAGACACCGUGAAGCUCUUCAUCUGUGAGCUGGCCAUGGCCCUGGACUACCUGCAGAGCCAGUGCAUCAUCCACAGGGAUAUGAAGCCUGACAAUAUUUUGCUUGAUGAACAUGGGCACGUGCACAUCACAGACUUCAACAUCGCUGCCAUGCUGCCGAGGGAGACGCAGAUCACCACCAUGGCCGGCACUAAGCCUUACAUGGCUCCCGAGAUGUUCAGCUCGAGGAGAGAAGCCGGCUAUUCCUUUGCUGUGGACUGGUGGUCUCUGGGAGUGACAGCCUACGAGCUUCUGAGAGGCCGGAGACCGUAUCAUAUUCGCUCCAGUACUUCCAGCAAGGAAAUUGCACACAUGUUUGAGACGGCUAUUGUGCCUUACCCUUCUGCCUGGUCACAGGAAAUGGUGUCACUUCUUAGAAAGCUACUUGAACCUGAUCCAGACCAGCGAUUUUCUCACUUGUCUGACCUUCAGAACUUCCCAUAUAUGAGUGAUGUGAACUGGGAUGCGGUUUUACAGAAGAGGAUCAUUCCCGGUUUCAUUCCUAACAAAGGCAGGCUGAAUUGCGAUCCCACCUUUGAGCUCGAAGAAAUGAUUUUGGAGUCCAAACCUCUUCAUAAGAAGAAGAAGCGUCUGGCAAAGAAGGAGAAGGAGAUGCGGAAAUCUGAUUCCUCUCAGAUGUGCCUUCUUCAAGAGCACCUUGAUUCUGUGCAAAAGGAAUUCAUCAUUUUCAACAGAGAAAAAGUAAAAAGGGACUUUAGUAAAAGACAAGCAAAUCUAGCCUUUGAACAGACCAAAGUCCCACAAGAAGAAAAUGGUCAGAAUAACAACCUGUGAGCCAUCAACAUCUUCUUCUUGGGACAUUUCCUGCUACUCAGGCCAGCAAGUUCUGACUUCCACAGCAGGAUGGGCCAACUGCACACCGCACACACCUUAGAAAACGUGAAUGCCUACCUUUGAGGGAGGCAGCAUGAAACAAUGAGGAGCUCCCUGGACUCCUGGGAACUGGUUACACCACUAACAAACCAUGUGACCAUGAGCAAGACACUUAACCACUUUCUCUGCUUCGGUUUAUUCUUAAUGAGAGGGCUCUACUGGAUGAGCUAUCCUCUGCCUUUUUAUUGCAACCACUGUUGUCCUAAACAGCCUUUAUUUUUAUUUCUAAAGGACUAUUUGGAUGUAAAUUUAUUUUUCCACUUCUUUAGUUACACUGUGACAGAUGGAUAAAUGGACAUAGGUGGGUGAUUGAAGUGUUUUGGGGGGUAGGAAAGUUAAGAGGUCACAAUCCCCCAGUCUGAUUGAAUAGGAAUAAGGAAUCCAACCAGGAAGGAAUGAAUUGGACUGAAUUAAACUGAAACAGACUUACCUGGGCCUUCCAGUGCUAUGCCAAAGUGACACACCACAUCAGCUUAUCCCAGCUAGCAAGAGCCUGCUAUGCACAUCUGUCCCAACACCCUGAAGUUGGGAAGUUGAAAUUGGUGAUGAUGAGGCAUUUAAACCAUGGAAAUUGGCCAAUGCUACAAUUGGCUAAAUCACGGCAUCUCCCCACAACACACACACACACACACACACACACACACACACACACACACACAGCAAGCCAUUGUUAGAUAUUUAUGAGCACACCACUUGCCUUCUUCCAUUAAUAACAAUCUUUGAGAGGUCAUGAUCCUCUUAAGAUAAUCAUAGACCUACUUCUGGAGGGGAUCAGGGAAGACUUGUCACAUGAAUAGCAUGUCCACCUUGCAGUACAGUGCGGUGUCUUACUUGGGAGUUAGUCUCAGUGAGAAUGUGCUGUGAAUUUGAACAGUAAAAUUUACCAUUGAAAGUUCCCUGAGAUUACCCAUAAUGUACAGUGGGUAUCUU